ACUGGGUCCCUCUUCCAGAAGGACAAGAAGAUGAUCUGCGCCAGGACUGGGACGGCGGAUCCGUAGGUUAUUUUACAGGCAUCCAUCCUUUUCGGUGGCAACUCGUUUUUGUUUUUUCCUUUCUCGAGUUAGAGCUGAAAGACUCUCCCGACGUUCAACUGGGGAUGGCCGUGAAGGCUUCUUUUGCGAGCACGCAGAGGUGCAGAAAGAUAAACCGGCACCGUGACGGCAGUAGCAGCAGCAACAGCAGCAGUCACCGCCGUGGGAAAGGUAAAGCAAUUCAGGGCGAUUAUUAACUUGAGGAUAAUGUAUGAAAGAAGUUCACAGCAUGUUCAGGAAUUCAAGCAAAAGUUCCAGUGAACAUUCAAAUCACUAAAAUGACCAAAAUCUCUUGAUCUGAAACAUAUGAAUUAGCUCCUGACAAGAAACUGUAGCACUUGGAUGUUUCCAGUGAUGUGCUCUUAAACGCUGCAUCUUAUUGUCUGCCAGAAAACACAUCUAUUAAAGAAUAUAACAAUUGAAGGAACAUGUCUAACAAUGCAGAAAUAAUCAAUCUAUCAUUUUUAUUAGAGCAUGAAAGAGAAACAAUAUUGGGAGUAUUAAAAAGAGAUGAAUACUUGAGAAAAAUGGAAGAUAAACGAAUCAGAAAACUAAAGAAUGAGUUAUUGGAAGUGAAACGUAAAGGUGGACGGCAUCACCAGCAAGAUAACAGCAGGGUCUGCACUCGCUGUCAGAAAAAUCUGGGCUUAAUUUUUGACAGAGGUGACCACUGCCAAAUAUGUAGCCUGAGAGUUUGCAACAAAUGUCAUGUUUUAGGAAGUGAUGGCAGCUGGAAAUGCACAGUGUGUGAUAAAAUUGCGCAGCUUAGGGUAGUAACAGGUGAAUGGUUCUUUGAAGAGAGAGCAAAACGCUUCAAGCAGUCCAAGCUCCUUGGAACUGAUAUUGUUCAGCAGUCUAUUCUUCGCAAAGCUCCAGAUUGUUCCUCUGAACUAUUAGAAGGCAGAUCCAAAGAUCAUUCCCCAAAAACCUUAGAGGAUACAUCAAAGCAAGAUAUGUUAGCUUCAUUUACAAGUGGGACAAAAUUAGUUCUCACUGGGCCUAGGAAAAUAGGGGGGAACACCUUUCCCUCAGAUAGUCAUCUUCUUGGAGACAUAAAUGGGAACAUGAAAAAUGCUGAAAGUCAAAGCAAUGCUUCUACUCCACUCUAUCCAAGGUCACCAGCACUGAGUGCACGCAGCAUGACUAUUGACUACAGCAGGGAUUCUGAAUUAGAAAACAACAUUGUUAUGUCUAUCAGUGAAAGUAUCCCUUCAGAUUUGUCAAAAAGGCAUCAUAGGAAAAAUUCUAGAACACCUUCUGUGGCAAUUUCUAGGACAUCUUUAACAUCUGAUCAUAGUAGAUCAGAGAGAGAUCUCAGUGGAUCCUUUUCAAAAGGAAAUGAAGAUACUUUAAGCUUAAGAAGUAAAUCUGUACCUGGAGCACUGGACCAUGAUGUGGAUUACCUGAAUGAAGCAGAAGAAGAUAUGGAUGACCUUAUAGCCUCUGACCUUUCCAAAAGGCAAAGUAAUUUGGCAAGUGGAUUUUCCACAAAUUCUCCUUCAAAUUCUGAAAGGAAAUGGAACUACUUAAAUGUUCCAGAAGCAGAUGGUGAUACUACCAGCAUUAACAGUAUGAUGAGUGUUUACAGUGAAACUGGGGACUAUGGAAACGUGAAUAUUGGUGGUGAAAUUUGUCUGCAAAUUAGCUACAGCUAUAAAACAGGAGCCCUUAACAUACUUGUAAAAAAAUGCAAGAACUUGGCCAUUGUUGAUGAAAAGAAACAAAGAACAGAUCCUUAUGUCAAAGCAUAUCUUCUGCCAGACAAGUCUCGCCAGAGCAAAAGAAAGACAAAAAUCAAAAGUAAUAGCACUGAUCCAGAAUUCAAUGAAAUGCUUAAGUAUGUCAUUAGCCACACGCAGCUUGAGACUCGGACUCUGCAACUUUCUGUCUGGCAUUAUGACAGAUUUGGGCGUAACAGCUUUCUGGGAGAAGUAGAGAUUCCCUUGGACUCCUGGAACUUUGAAAAUCAAAUCGAUGAAUGGUUCAUGCUUCAGCCCAAGAUGGAGAUUGCUACUGAUAUUGGGCUGCAGUAUAAAGGAGAAAUAAUUGUUGCUUUACGGUACACGCCACCUGAGAGGAACCUAACACUUCCUCUGGGAGAGAUUCAUGGAAAGAAGAGUUCAAAGAAAGAAAAGAAGUCAAUCUCACAAGUACCAUCAGGAGGCAUAUUAGAAAUUGUCAUCAAGGAAGCCAAGAAUUUAAUGGCGGUGAAAUCAGGAGGCACUUCAGAUACAUUUGUAAAAGGAUACUUGCUUCCUGACAACAAAUCUUCAAAGUAUAAAACCCAUGUAAUAAAAAAGAGUGUGAAUCCCCACUGGAAUCAUAUCUUCAGUUUUAGUGGCUUGAACCCUAGAGAUAUACACAAUGUCUGUGUAGAACUCACUGUUUGGGACAAGGAGUCUCUCACCAGCAACAUUUUCCUGGGUGGUGUUCGCUUGAGUAUUGGAAGUGGUAUAUGCAAUGGCAAAGAAGUUGACUGGAUGGAUUCUCAAGGAGAAGAGCGACUUCUUUGGCAAAGAAUGAUUGAUUGUCCUGGAGAUUUUGUAGAAGGUGUAUUAAUGCUGAGAUCCAGCAUGGGGAAACGCAGACUCUAAGGAGUAUGAUUUGCAUAAGACUGAAACUACUGUAGUGUAAUUUUAAAUUGUAAUAAGAUGUAAUGGAGACUGGUCUCCUGUCAUGAUUUGCACAUGUAAACAUAAGGAAGUUUAUUUUUACUCUGAAUUUAAAUUUUCUGCAAUGGAUUAUGAAUGCAUUCAGCACUGUCUUAAAUCCAUGCUGUAACUCUUGUAUUGAUUUACCAGUCUAAAGCAGUAAAGUCAUUUCCAAAGCAAGAUUUUCUGAGUUGUUAGAAUGAGGCCAUAUGCUACUCUCUACAGAAUAUGGCUCAAAGAUUUUUCUUUAUUAUUUCAAAAUGUUUUCUCAGAAAACAAUAUCAGUGAUUGAUAAAUGAAUGAAAAGACAUUGAAGCUAGUUCAUUAUAAUCCCAUUUCAAAUGAGCUUGGGAAGUGAGCACCAGGAUUGGAGGCAUGCUCUAGGAGUAAUUAUUUUUAUUAUUUUAUUAUUUAAUUAGGAGUAGCCUAAUUUUUUCAGGCUACUAUCCACAAAUGGUUACUAAUAGGUUUUAUAAUAAAAAGUUAGAGUCUCAAGUUACCUGCUCAUAAAGAAAAUGGCAUGGGUUAGAGGCAGUGGUGGGAUUCAGCCAGUGGUGGAAUUCAAAUAAUUUAACAACUGGUUCUCUGCCCUAAUGGGUAGAGUGGAUGGGUGUGGCCAUGGUGGGCAUGGCCAGGGAAUGUGACAGGCAGCACUCGGACUCCUGCACCCCCCAGGAGCGAAAAUGGGCUGAGGGUCUGCCCCCCCCGUGCCCCAUUUUGGGCCUAGGUGGCCUCCCUGAAGCCUCCUGGGAGUGAAAAUUGGCCACAAGGGGGCAGCACACACCCCAUGCCCCGUUUUGGGCCUAGCAGGCCUCACUGCACUUACAUGGGAGCCAAAAUGGGGUGCAUCGGGAUUCCUGGAAGGGGCAGGGCUGGAAGGCGCGGAGGCAGCCAGCAAUUUAACUAUCAGUUCACUCGAACCGGCUGAAUCCCACCACUGGAUUCAGCCGGUUUGCACUGGUUCAUAAGAAUGGUUUGUUAACUCUUUGUGGAAUAGUUAAGUCUGCUUGCCUGCCUGCCUAAUGAUUCCAGCAGCUCACACACACCUCAGAUGUUCCUGCUCAUUUGUAAUUAACCAAAGGAAGGGAAAAGAAAAAGAAAAAAUAGCCAUAUACCAUAUUUUUUGGACUAUAAGACACACCAGUGUAUAAGACACAACCAAGAUUUCAAAGAGGUAAGUAAGAAAAAAAGGCCUGUUUUUCGCCCACUUUUGCAAAAAAGGGGCACGCAGAAGGUCUGGGAGGCCUGCCAAGUGCUCCUGGGGGCUGGGGGAGGGCAAACACACCCCCUUUUUGCAAAAAACAGGCAUUUUGCCCUCCCCAGCUCCCAGGAGCACUCUGCAGGCCUCCCAAACCCUCUGCGCACCAUUUUUGCAAAAAAACGGGCCCAUUUUUCGCAAUAAUGGGACAAGCGGGGCGGUGCUUCAGGAGGCCAAAAAUGGCUGUAUUCCAGGGGUGAAAUGCUCCUGGUUCGGACCGGAUUGGGCGAUCCGGUAGCAAUGGGGGCAGGUAGUUCGGAGAACCGGUAACAAAUAUCCCUGCCCCCCCCUUCCCAUGCCAACCCAACCCAGCCCGCUCCCCACUUGCCUACUUGCUGCUUCUUUCGGGCUUGCUAAGCCUUGCUUCGGCUGCUGCAAUCAAUUGCAUCAGCUAGCAACUGAAUCUGCCUGCCUACAAUCCAUCUCAUCGAUGAGCAACUCAAUCUGCCUGCUUUCAAUUGGGUGGGUAAGGGGGAGGAGCUUUAAAAAAUAGUUAAUUGGAGUUUUUUAAAGGAGUUUUAUUUAUUUUUUAGACAGCAGUUUAAAGUUAAGGAAGUUUUAAAUUUAGCUGCUUUUACAUAAAAAUAUAAGUAAAAUAAAAUAAUAAAAUAAAAUAUUUGUGCAGCUUUCUGAGAUUUGGUGUGUUUCUGUAGUGUUUCAAUCUAACUACCUAAACACACAAAAUCUCACAAAGCUGUAUGCGGCAUUUUGUGUGUGUGUGUGAGUCAGUUGUGUUGUGUUGUGUUGUGUGUGUGUAAAGUGUGAAAGUUGGUUUUUGAGCUUUUUGUGGCUGUGUGAGGUUCCUGCUUGUUUCAGGGGCCAUUUUGGGUGAAGUACAGCCACUUUUACAUUGUGUGUGAGUCGGUUGUGUUGCAUUGUGUGUGUGUAAAUGUGAAAGUUGGUUUUUGGUACCUCUUAUUGUUUUGUCUACUUUGAUGAUUAUUUAUUAUUGGCCAUUCCCACCCAGUCACCUGACCACCAAGCCAUGCCCACCAAUUAAACCACGCGCACAGAACCGGUAGGGAAAAUUUUUAGAUUUCACCCCUGCUGUAUUCGGUGUAUGAGACGCACAAACAUUUCCAUCCUCUUUUAGAAGGGAGAAAAGUGUGUCUUAUACUCCAAAAAAUAUGGUAGCCAUUUUCUCAGCAGAAAAAUUCUAGCCCCUUUAAAACACAGAGAGGAAAUAAAGUGAUCAGUUAAUAGCUCCUGGCAGACAGUCAAAAGCCAUUUAACAGGCAAAUACUUAGUUACAUAACAAAACAGCAGGAAUGCAGUCAGCACAGAAACAAUAGAAAGUUACAGAUCAUAUAAAUUAACAGUUGGAAGGGACCUUGUAGGUCAUCUAGUCCAACCCCCACCCAAGCAGGAAACCCUACAACGUUUUUGACAAAUGGCAGUCCAAUCUCUUCAUGAAAGCCUCCAGUGAUGAAAAUCCCACAACUUUUGAAAGCAAGCUGUUCCAUUGAUUGAUUGUUCUCACUGUCAGAAAAUUCCUCCUUAUUUCUAGUUGGAUCUCUCCUUGUUCUUGACAGGGUUAGGCCAGGGAAGGAGUUUUAAAAAUGUUAAUACAGAGCAGGAAUUUCUUGUUCUUAUGUAUUUUUAAAUACAUGUUCUAAUUAGCAGAAUUGGUUUUAUUAAUUUGGAAUAGGGUUGCAAUGCUGUUUCUAUGUUUAUGUAUUUUGAUCCUGCAUUUUCAGCAUUUAAGAGUUAGCUUACAGUAUUAGACUGUAAAGAUUUCAAGUUGUCUUGUAACUGUGUUGCUUGUGAGUGAUGGAGCACCCAGAACUUUUGAAGGCAAGGUGUUCCAUUGAUUGAUUGGUCUCACCCUUAGGAAAUUUCUUCUUAGUCUUAGGUUGCUUCUCUUUUUGGUUAGUUUCCAUCCAUAGUUUCUUGUCGUGCCUUUUGGUGCUUUGGAAAAUAGAUUAACCCCUCAUUUUUGUAGGAGCCUCUCAAAUUUCCUGACAUAAAAAUUAAUCAGUGGAUCAACUUGUCUCCAGAAGUUGUAAAUGCUCCAACACUGGAAGUUUUAAGAAGAGAUUGGAUAACCAUUUGUCUGAAGUGGUGUAGGGAUUCCUGCCUAAGCAGGGCUUUGGACUAGAAGACCUCCAAGGUCCCUUCCAACUCUGAUAUUCUAUUCUAUUCUAUGCUGUGCUGUGCUGUGCUGUGCUGUGCUGUGCUGUGCUGUGCUAUGCUAUCCUAUGCUAUCCUAUCCUUAUUCAUUCCUAUUCCUAUUCCCUCUUCUCUUCUCUUCUUUUCUCGAAAGCUGGAUUGGUGACCCAAGCGUGGUGCUACUGGGUGAGCUCCUGUUCCUUGCUCCAGCUCGUGCCCCCCUAGCAGUUUGAAAGCAUGCUAAUGUAAAUUAAUAGGUACUACUUUGGUGGAUAGGUAACAACAUUCUGUGUGCCUUUGGCAUAUAGCCAUGCUGUCCACAUGACCGCAGAAAAUGUCUUCGGACAGUGCUGGCUCCCUUGACCAAGAAAGUGAGAUGAGCAGUACACCCUAGAGUUGGACCCACUGAACAGGGAAACCUUUACCUUUUUUACCUUUACAUUAUUAUUAAGGUCUAUGUCAGGCUGAGACAUGUGCAGAUUUUCAAAUAUAGCUUUCUCUCCAGCUACAAAUUAAAAAUUAAAUUAAAUCCUUAUUGUGGUUAUAAACCAGCAUAAAGAGGAUGGGGUCCAGCCAAUUAAAAAGCACAAAAAAUACAUCAGAGUCUAAUAAUAACGAAAAGCUAAAAGAUAUAAAAAUACAUUAAAACAAAGUAUAUAUAUAAAAAGCAAGAAUAUACAAGAAUAUAAAAGAGGUAAAGCAUUAGAUAUAUGUAAGGGAACAUAAAAGUUAGUAUAUGGAAAACUGUAUCAAAUGACACAGCAUUUCAGUAUGUCAUAAAUCUAUCAUUAAGUCUAGUUUGUAGCACAGGUCCUAGCAACCUUGUAUAUUGCAGCAGGAUUUGUAUCUGAAAGCAAUGGAGAGGUACAGAACUUUGUGCCCCGAGCAUUUAUCCAGUAAUAUCUCUGCAGUGAAUACAGGCAUUAAAGAUACACAUGCUUUGUUGUUUCUGUGUGUCCAGAGUCAUAGAGGCAUUUUCUCUCCAGGCAGGGAAUCUUCUUGUAUUGCUAUUGAUUCUAUUUGGGGUUUUUUUUAUUAUUAUCGUUAACUUUUACAAAAAAAAAUCUUGCCACUACUAUUGUGAUUAUCUUGAGAAAGUAAGCUGCCUAAAGUAUUCAGUUGGCACUUCAUUAUACUUUUACUGUCUUAGUUUUACCGAAGAGUAAGCAAUCAACAAAGUUUCAUGAUUUGUUUGGUUCUUUUUACAAAAGGACUCUUCCCCCCCACCCGCUUCUAAGAAUUUCUACAGUUCAGUCAGUGAUACAAGAUUAUGUAUAAUAAUGUUUUUGAAAUAAACUAAUGUUAUACAUAAUAUUUUCUAUUUUUCUUUUCUUUUAUGUACACUUAGAACAUAUGCACCAAGACAAAUUCCUUCUGUGUCCAAUCACACUUGGCAAAUAAAAAAUUCUAUUCUAUUCUAUUCUAUUCUAUUCUAUUCUAUUCUAUUCUAUUCUAUUCUAUUGGGAAGACUAUUUAUUUAAAACUUCCAUGGCUAAAUGGAAGCAUCAAGAAUGAAUUACCAUACCAUACCAUACCAUACCAAUUAUACUAUAUUGUACUAUAAUUCACAGGGAAAUCAAUCUUAAAUAAAAAACUAUCUUUAACACAUAAGUGAGAGCCAAUUUAGACUGCUGGAUAAGGCACCAAGUCAGAAACCAGGAGACUGUGGAUUCUAGUUCUGCCUUAGUCAUGAAAGCCAGCUGGGUGAUUUUGGGCCAGUCACUAUCUCAUAGCCCAUGAUGUCAGGUUUGGGGAACAAGCCAGUCAGUCAAUACCUGACCCAACCACUACAUAAAACACUUGGUUGAUUCUCUCCAAAAAAAUGCUAGGAAGAAAAAAAUGUGGUUAACAUAUAAAUUGCCAAUAAUCUGUUUUUGGCUUAAUAUUAUUUGUAAAUCUGACUUGAUUAAGUCAUAAUUUAGAUUCAACUCAUAUUCAAUAAUCUAAAACUGUAAAUCUACUUCUGAGUCAUAUAUUUUUUAGCAUGGAAAUGCAUUGGUGUAUAUUUGAACUUUACUGUUUUUUUCCAUGAAAUGUCUUGAUGCUUUAUGAAACUACUGUGAAACACCAGCUGCCACCCAAAAAGCUGGGCUGAGUGACUGAAUAUAGAUUUAUGUUAGCACCAAACUACAGAGUAAAAAAAUUUAUUUCACAAAUUUUGUUGUAUUUUAAACAAAUAUAUGAAACAAUGAAACUGAUUUUUUUACAUUUUUUUCAAAUUAUUCUGACUUGUUUGCCUGUUUCCAUUUUAUAUCAUAUAUUCUUCAGAUUGUAAUUUGUAUUUUAACUCAAAAUAAGAUUAAAAAGUACUAUUAUUUUCAGUUUAUAUGAAGAGCCAGAAGGCUACGAAAGACUAGUUUAAUUAGGUACCUUUGCUAGAUUUGUUUAAUUCAUGGUAGCUACCAGCUGAUAGCUUUAAGACAUUUCUUUUUCUGCCUUUUCUCUGCAUAUUGUUACACAGGCAAUCAUUUUACAGAUAUUUACUACAAUUAUUUCAUUUCCUCCUGUUUAUGGAUUCAGUCAGUGGUGGGAUUCAGCCAGUUCGUACCACUUCGGUAGAACCGGUUGUUAACUUUCUGAGCAGUUUGGCAAACUGGAAGAAAUCAUUGUUGGAAGAAAUCAUUACGGCAGAGAACCAGUUGUUAAAUUAGUUGAAACCCACCGCUGGAUUCAGUGUAUAUUUUGUUUUUAAAACUUUGACAUCAGAUAAUAUUUCUAAAAUUGUACGUUCUUUAACAGAGUUGGAAGGGACCUUGGAAGCAGUGGUGGGAUUCCAAUAAUUUAACAAUUGUUUCUCUGUCCUAAUGAUCAUUUUAAGUAUAUAAAAAUGAUAUUAAGUCUUAUUUUAGAAGCUGUCUUACUUUACAACAGGCAUCAGGAGGGCUGUGCAUAAUUCAGCGCCUGGCGUCCAGAUGCCCUCACUUAAGUUUCUGUAUAUUUGACUCAUACCAUGGACAGUGCAAAACUUAUCUGUGUUAAGGUUAUAGAGAAUAGUAUGCUUAACAGUAUCAAAAUGAUGAUGGUGUAUGUAUUUUAUACAGUUAGUCCCACAUUCAAGCUUUAUCAUUUAGCUCUUCGGUGCAGAGACAUUGGGUACUUCCUUACAGCUGAAUUAAACUCCUAUUCACUACUGCUUGAACUAACAUGAAAGUAUCCAGUGGUGGGAUUCAGCCAGUUCGCACCACUUCGGGAGAACUGGUUGUUAACUUUCUGAGCAGUUUGGCAAACUGGUUGUUGGAAGAAAUCAUUAGGGCAGAGAACUGGUUGUUAAAUUACUUGAAUCCCACCACUGAAAGUAUCCCAACUUAAAAUGUAUUAGUCCUAGGACAAUCUAUUCUACUAUGAAGCUGAUGACCAACACUAUUUUUACUAACUAUUUUAGUGUCAAAUUAAGGAGACAUUGCAGCAGAGGAAGCCAUGUUAGUCUAUAGUGUCAAAAAAUGAGGAGUUUGGUAGCACCUUUUCCAAUUAACCAUUUUUAUCAAAAGGCAGCUUUUUGUGAGCUAUAUCGCACUUCAUCAGAAAAACUUCUGCCUGUUUUUUAAAAAAAAUGUUAGUCAGAAAAGGCACUAUGCAGCCAGAUUCAUUCUGAAGUUAGGAGAGCAGUCAAUGUCUUUUCCCUGCCACCAAGCUUCACAGGUUGAUAUGGAAACAAUCACCAAUCACACACUCUAAAGUUGGGGUGAAAAAGGAUGGGACAGACUGAAUGGAAGAUUUAGUGAUCUGUCAAGUUAUUUAACAGAUAGCAAACACAGAUGGAAAGGAGAGAGAACAGGAGAAAGCAGGAUGGGCUCUUCUCAAUGCUCUUGCUAAUGCAACUGCUUCCUUGUGCCUUUCCUGGGAGAAAAAAUAGCCCAAGAAAACAUGGGUGAAGAAGGUCAUAAGGUGAAACUGGAAGAGCAAUGGUAUGCUCCCAUGGUGCACAAAACCCCCAAGGGAACUGGCAAUGAUCUAAAGUGGCAGCUUUCUUGGAUUUUUAAUCAUUUAACAAAUGUAAUGAAUUCUAUGAUCCCCCUGUGAGAUUUAAACACCCAAAAAAAUUUAUAUUCACUAAUUCAAUAGAAAACUCUGAUGUACAAAGAAAGAUAAUUUAUUGAAAUGUGUUUGCAAAAGGCCUCCACGUCACUUCCCAAGUUAGAUUGAGAUGAUAAAGUGCACUUUUCAAAG